CCACCUCUGUACCUACUCCAAUUGCAACUCCCAAUGCUCCUAUAAAUUAUUAUAAUCAAGCACCAAUCACUUUUGAUAAUAGGAAUGGUGCAGCAGGUUUUGUUUUAACAACACCUCCAACACCACAAGAUUAUCCUUCAAUGACUUUUACUGGCCGAUUUACAAAUGAAAUGAUGACAACUUUCAGUUCAAGAACUGUUUCUUCGACUCCUAAAAGGUAUAAAUGUACUGUUUGUCAAAAAAGAUUUACACGGCCAAGCUCCUUACAAACUCAUAUGUAUAGUCAUACCGGUGAAAAGC